AACACUGCUUUGGUUGAUGCCUCGACGAUUUUUCGGCCGAAAAUCGUAAAUUCGCCCGUGGCCGCGGCAGUAGGGCCUCGUUGCGAAUCUCUGCAAACGUCUAAACAUAUAUCGCCAGAAGAAAAGUUUGAUAAGUUUCUGGAUAUAGGGCGAUAUUACUACUAUUGUCAAGAUACGAAUGAAAAAGAUAAAAAUAGUCCAGACCUACAGUAUGGUGUGAGUUGUCACGACUCUCCUAUUGUUUCCAGCAAUGGACUACACAUAUUUGAUGUUGCGCCACAAUGGGCGCUACCGAACAAUUUUAUGCAGUGGAUCGAUCUGCAAGCAUUGGUAGCACAUAAUACUGUGCAGGAUAUAGAUGACUUGUAUCACAAGACAAAAGUUAUCACGGAAUCGAUUAAUCUAAACUCGAUAUAUUCUGCAAAGUUAUCACUAACAGAACGACGAAAUGACAGGAUAGUGAAUUCUAAUGUACUGACUGGUACAAUUAAUGAAUCACUAUCCGAAAAAAUAGAAAACCUGCAGAAGGAACGAAAGAAUAGGCUGGAUAACUGCCAGAAGGGUUUCAAUGAGGGGACAGACUCUGACUCGGUAAAUAUCAGUAAAACGACGGAACCUACGCUAGUGAAAGAUAAAACCAAAAUUUUGUCGGAGUUGCAGAGGGAAAUUUGUUACGACGCGAAUAUUAACUUGCUUAGUUGUGUGUCAAAAUAUUCGAUCGACACGCAAAGUAUUAAUGGAUUGAAAGUCACGUCGGACAAUAUUGAGCACGAGACUUGUAACCCCAAUCGUACCACUUCUGUAGCAGAUAAUGAGCCACUUAAUUUAGUAAUAAAUUUGAAAGAAAGUACACAACGCAGCCAUAGUUACAGUGAGACGAAAGAUCAACUCUGCAAUUAUCCGCAUUCGUCAGGUGUCGCUAAAGAGACUACGUUUCCGGUAGUUGGUGCCAUUUUAAGACAAUUAGAUCAUUCCUCUAAUGUACAGAGUUUUUAUAAAGCAAAGUACAAGACAGUAGAUUACGGUUUAUUGAAGCUUUCUGAUUUAAAUGAGUUGUCAUGUAACUCGGAUAAAGGAAAAGAAUUAUUAAAGACCAUCAGUAAAUUGCAUGCUAGCUGCGAGGUAAAUAAACAGGUUAUAACAAAUGGCGAUUUGAAACGGGAAUUGAACGCACAGGUUCUGGAUAAAUACGUCACGCAUGUAUUACCGUCACGCUUAAGCGAUAGUAAAUUAAAAACAUCGUCUUGGACACCUUUACAGUCGAAUGUCAAAUGUAAUAACAUUAAGAAAGAAUGCUACAGUGAGGAAGAAGUACACAAGUCAGAAAGUACCGAUCUAGCUACCGCCUGCAAUCCGAAAUUAAGCAAUUGGGCGUGUUUCGAAAUGUCAGGACAGUAUCCAGGUCAUAGCCGACCACCGGUUGGCACACCUCCACCGCAAACUGUCUGGAAUCAUCUUAUGACACAGAAUCAAGCUCUCAAUAUCCAUCCGACAUUGCCUGGCGCCUCGUUGAAUCCAGGGUUCUACGCACAUCCAUCCAUGGCACGAGCGUCCCAUUUACCAUCUCAACUCACUCCGCAGCUCGCUCACACGCAAGCACCGCCGACAUGGCAUACACCCACAGUUGCUUCAAAGAGCGUCACCCCGUCGACCACCCCGGGCAAUCCCCUGUUCAAUUUACAAAUGCUGGUGGACAAUCGGCCAAAUCAAAAUCAAUAUAGAAAUUCGCCCGGUUCCCAGAGCACCCUAGAUCUCUCGUCUACGUCCGAAAUUAUGGCGGAAAAUUAUUCUCGACUAACUCAGGAUACUCCCAUUAGUUUGACUGCGAGAAAUGUGGAUAAGAGCAGUCGAAAUGGAAACAUAAUCUCACCACCGCUUAACGGGGAGACUUCGUCGGACAGCGGAAUCAGCUCGUCUGUACCGACACCAAACUCCGUUAGCGAACCAGUCUCGCUAUCGACGAAGGAAGUCACUACUCCUAAGAUAACGGUGAAAAACUUUGAGAGUAAUUUAAAGGGAGUCGCGAAUCUUCAUGAUAAGAUUAAGGAAAUGAAUGUAGAUAACUUUACACAGAAAAUGAUAAAUUUGCCGCCUAGUGUAACGAUAGAGAGGGUGGUCGCGGACAAGAAGGAAUCUGAAACUUCUGCAAAACCUAAAGAUACGUUGAGUGUUAUCGCGCAAGUGCCAAGAAACGUCACUUUACCUGUUAUAGUCAAUCUCACAUCUAAGAUGGAGAAAGAUGUCACAGAUAGCCCGAAGCGGGAAUCCUCUUCUGAGAGGGACAGGAAGCACGAGGAGACGAGCGUGAGGUCACCUAAGAACUUGCCGAAGAGAGGCAAGAAGGGCGUUGAUUCUCUGUUAGAGAAAUUGGAAGGAGGAAAUAAGAAACUUGGGAGUACCGAGAAUAUUGGUUCGGUCAUUGUAAUGCCGGUGGAGGAAAAGGACACGUCCAGUGUUAAAAGUAUGUCGCCAGAAAGACAAAAAUCUAAAUCACCGACUCGGGAAGAUGAGGUCGUUUCGCCGGCUUUCAGCAACGACGAUUCGAAUGAUACUACUAAACAACGUAGGAAACGAAAGCUGGAGAAACCUGUGAGACUGAGCAAGGAUUCGAAAACUGAGGUCGAGGACAUGGAACUCGAGCCUACGGAACCUACAGAACCGAGGACUAUCGACCCGUUGUUGGAAGAGACGACUAGUUCCACCUUGGCAGCUGAUGUUAAGGCGGAGGAACAGAUUGCCAGAGGAGUGGAGGACAGAAUAUCGGACAAGGCGGCAGUAGACGAAGUCACGGAAGAACGGUCAGAGGAAUGUCGACCAAGUCGAAGACGAAGUAGUAGCGAGGAUACUACGGCUAGUAACUCAACAUCGAUAAAUCAGAGGACACGAAGAAAAUCUAAUGAAGAUGUCCCGUCCGAGUUCUCGAAGGCAAUGAGUCCAAAAGACACGAGUAACGUGACGAGUAACACAACGACAAUGACGACGUCGACAACGACGACAAAUCCUUUCGUUGAAGUCGAGUCGGAACUCGCGAAAAUGUUUGCCGGAAUCGUGGAAGCGGAGCCGGAAGUCAAAAAUGAAGAAUCAAAAGUGGAACUCGCAAAUGCGCAAAUCCAAGGUGACAGUGCCGCUGUGAAAUUUGAAGGUUUUGAGAAUAGUAUUCUACCGAUGACAGAGUCUCAGAACGUUCAGAACAAUCCCAUCGAUGUUUCUUCCACGGUCGACACGAAAGUUUCGGGGAAAAGGGGUAAGAAGGGCAAGGGUGGUAAAAGAAAAAUCUCCAGGUCGACGGAGAACAUUUUUGGCACGACGGAUGAUUCUCCGCCAAAGGAGGUGAAAAAGAGGCGGACAUCCAAAGGCUUGAAGAAACAAGAUCAAGCCUCAAAGAAGGCGAAGAAAAACACCAAGAUUGACGGCCUGAGAGAGAUGACGUACGAUUCUGGUUCAAACGCGAGUUCGAUCAGAUCACGAGGACCCGUGGUUCACGUGGAAGGGCCAAGGGAUAGUCCGUUGAGUAUUCAAGUGGUUAAUGCGCCUCGAGAAGAGGAGGAAGAGAAGAGUAAGGAGAAACGGAAAAGCGUCGGCAACGGAAACGGAGGCCGAAGCAAAAGACUCAGUCAUCAAAACGAUUUAGAUUACAGGGGUAAAGUCAGUAGAGCAGGUCUCUUCAGUUCGACGUUGUCUUCGCGAUACGACGCGCAUACUACGGACUCAACUUGGGUCUGCGUAUUUUGCAAGCAGGGUCCUCAUUCUGUUGUACCUGGAGAUCCGUCCAGGCCGCAUCCGAAUUUGGCCGGACCGCACAUCGCGACUGGAACGUACACGGUUCCAGCCGGCGUGUUAAGCGAUCUAUUUGGACCAUACUUGAUCGGUAAAGAACGGUUAGAGGAUGGUAUUUUAUCGGCCGAUGAACAAGAAAUUAUGACAGAGCAGAAGAAAGGCAGCAAGAACAAGAGGAGCUUGAGGUACGCGGGUCUGGCCGACCAGUUCUCUGCGAAGAUGGGCAAGAAGAAGCGGAAUUCAGUUGAAAGUAACACAAACGCCAUUUUUACGGGUAUGACUUUGCAUCCUGGUGGAGAGGAACAACGAUGGGAGGUGUGGCUCCACGAACAAUGCGCGGUGUGGGCAGCUGGAGUAUAUAUGGCGGGUGGCAGAGUGACAGGAUUGCAGGAAGCCGUGUGGGACGCCGCUAAAUCAGUAUGCGACUCCUGCGGUUUAACAGGCGCGAAUAUCGGUUGUGUUAAACGUGGCUGUAAGGCUGUUUCGCAUUAUCCGUGUGCACUGACGAAAGGCUGGCACCUCGACAUAAAUCAGUACAUACCUAAAUGUAAUAUUCAUCGAGUUACGUGAAACUUCGGUGAGUCUAUGAGCGUAGGCUAAUAUGGAAGUAGGUCGUAUUCACAUUAUAUCACGGAGAUCCGGCUUUAAUUAGAUGCACCGAAUGAUGGGCAAUAAUGUAAGAGACUUAAGUAUAUAAAUCUGUUUAUGACUGAAGAUAGCCUUACUAGUUAGUAAGGUAUGUUCUAGUUAAUGAAGGAGCAAAACAUCCUCAUAUGAUAAAAUCAAUCUGUGUGUAAUGUAACAAAGUUACGCAAAAUAUAUUUAACAGAAAGAAUAAUCGGCAUAAUAUAUAAAUAGACAAAAUUUAAAAUACUAAAAUAUAAUAUUGUUGAUUUGAUAUUCUAUUUUUUUCUGUUCUAAUAGAGAUAUAAAUUAACUUUCUUACUUGACGAUGACUUGCGACCAUAAGAUGUUUUGAUUCCUUGCAUUAUUUGAUGCGUAUAAGUAUCAAUUUGUAUUUUGAAGCAUGAAAGUAUAAAUGUGAAAACAAUUAUACUAAUUUCCAGACAUCAAGUUUAGAUCAGAUAUCAAUAUGCUCGAGAAAAAUAUCUUCCAAUGUACAAGAUGUUUGAUGCUUAAACAGAAACCCUGUUAACCGUUUCUAAGAAUUAUAAAAAGGAAAAGAAUGAACGUUAAGAAGAUAGAUAUUUUUCUUCAUAAUUGAAUUGAAUUUUAUUUUCUUGGCCUGUGUGGCCUUGGACAGUGGCCUUUUCGACUUAAUAUAAAAACAAGGUAUAAAAAGCAAGAUUUUUUUAAUUUCAAAUUUAUAGAGUAAAUGGAUUGCUAUUGAACAGUGAUAAUCAAAACUAAAGAAGUUUGCUUUUUUACUUACUUUUAUGGAAAAAAUGAAGAUAUUACAGACUUUCUCAACAUCAUGUACGCAGGAAUACACAGAUAGGGCAUAUUGUAUUUAAUGCUAUCGAAUUUAAAAUGUAAAAUUUAUGGCAGCAAAAAUCGAACGCUUAUAAGUAUAAUAAGACGAGUAAGUCAGUCAACAUAAGAGAAAAUGGAAUAUUCUCUUUUCUUUUUUCGCGAAGAUUGAGCAUGAGCACGUAAGGCAAGUGUUCUCUAAUCGAUGUAAAAAAGAAACUGUUUGUAUAUAGUGAGAAUAUAAAGGGAUUAUUGUAUUAUUAAAACAUCAUAAUUAUACUCUGAAAUUUUUCGGAAACUUUGUAUGUAUUAUUUCGGAAAAAAGAAAAUAUUGCAUACAUAUGUUUCAUGACAAAAUAGCCUUGUAAUUAACAAGUUCUAUUUUUUUUGUUUGUGUCGCUACAUGAGCCAUUAGCUCACAUGUAUAGAUAGCGUAUAUCAAUCGUCUCAACAUAAAGUCCAUUUUUUGUUACACUUUGAUAUUGAUAUUUCUUUUUUGUAGCUACUUUAUCAUGCGAAUUUUUAUUUGAUUCUGCAUGUUAUAAUAAAUUGACAAUUUCUUAAAGAGAAAUAUUUUUGUACUCGCAUCAAGCGAGAGAUGAUUAAACUGAGAACACUUGUAAGACAUUAGUAGACUGCUGUAUCUAAUAUAAUGUAACAAAGGAUACAUCUCAUUGCAUUCAGUGAUACAUUUUGUAUGGCGUCACAUAUUCAUUGUCACUUUAUCAUCUUUAAUGCAUCUAUACGGUCAUAAAACCAGUGAUUCAGAUCCAAUGUCCCGUAUACAAUUUAUUGUUAGUGAUUAAAUUAAUGGCUACGCAUUACUGCGAAAUUUGUAACGGUUAUAUAUUAUUGAUUUAUGUAUGUAUAUUUUAUAUUAAUUUUUUUCAUAUUUGAAAAUUUAUUGUCGUCAUCUUUGCUGUCAUUGUUCGUCGUCAUCAUCGUUCUCAUUGUAUUUUAUAAAAGAAGCACGUUUUCGCUAUCGACAAAUGUAAGAAUAUUAACAAGCGAUUCUCUUACUUACAUCAGGGAGAACUAGCAAAGAUCAAGAAAAAUUGUAUAAAAAUAAUAUUAUAUAUAAAAAUAUACGAUGUA